AUGAGCGCCAGCAUUGACCGCGAGCAGGUCUUCAGCCUACGGCAUCAAGCCACUGCUGGCCUGGGCAGCUACGCCACCCUCAACAGCUACGUGCAGCGCGUGCUGCCCCAGGAGGGCACCAUCCUGCCCAACAUACCCUGCUGCAUCACGGGCUGGGGCCGCACCCGCACCAACGGGCAGCUCUCCAGCGUCCUGCUGCAGGCCUACCUGCCCACCGUGGACUACCAGACCUGCUCCAGCUCGUCCUACUGGGGCUCCACCGUCAAGAACACCAUGGUCUGUGCCGGCGGGGACGGCGUGCGCUCCGGCUGCCAGGGCGAUUCUGGCGGUCCCCUCCACUGCGCCAUCAACGGCCAGUACCAGGUGCACGGCGUCACCAGCUUCGUGUCCAGCCAGGGCUGCAACGUGGCCCGCAAGCCCACCGUGUUCACGCGCGUCUCCGCCUACAUCUCCUGGAUCAACAGCGUCAUCGCCCAGAACUGA